AUGGCCUCGGAAAGAUUUAGACGCAACACGAUCCCCACUCUGAAAAUGCCUGAUGGCACAAUGGCUGAUGAUCAUGCAAGCAAAGAGGCGAUCAUAUACCAAACGUUCAAAGAUAGACUGGGAAAAUCCGGUGAAUUCCAAAUGAAAUUUGACUUGCAAAACAUCAUCAAAAAGGUUGAGGGUUUGGAUCAGCUGACAAUGCCUUUCACCACGAAUGAAAUAGAUGCUGUCAUCAAGGAAAUGCCGGCUGACCGAGCACCUGGUCCGGAUGGCUUCACUGGCUUAUUUCUGAAAAAAUGCUGGCCCCUAAUUAAAGAUGACUUCUAUGAACUCUGUAAUCAAUUCUAUGAGGGUGGCCUCAAUCUUGAAAGCAUUAAUGAUGGAUUUAUUACACUCAUACCCAAAGUUCGAUCACCUGAGACAGUUUCUGAUUUUCGGCCAAUUACUUUGCUCAACUGCUGCCUCAAGGUAAUCACGAAACUGCUCGCAAAUCGGCUCCAAAAACUCAUUCUUAAAAUUGUCCAUCGAAAUCAGUACGGAUUCAUCAAAGGUAGAUCCAUACAAGAUUGUUUGGCCUGGGCAUUCGAGUACAUACAUCAAUGCCAAACUUCAAAACAGAAGAUUGUCUUGCUCAAACUAGAUUUCGCCAAAGCAUUCGACACGAUCGAGCAUGAUGCCAUGAUUAAAAUUAUGGAGCACAUGGGGUUUAACGCCAAAUGGCUGGAUUGGAUCAAAUGUAUCUUCUCAUCCGUUGGUUUAAAAAUUAAUUUCCACAAGUCCACCUUAAUCCCAAUCAACUGCGAGCCCGAUUGCUACAAUGACAUCGCCUCCAUCUUCGGCUGUAAGGUAGGCUCUAUGCCCUUCACGUACUUGGGAUUGCCUCUCGGAAUAACCAAACCUACGGUCCAAGAUCUUAUGCCUCUAGUCUGCACGAUGGAAAGAAGAAUGACCAGCACUCUAACAUUGAUGUCAUAUGGUGCAAAGUUGUCGCUCCUCAACACGAUGAUCACUUCGCUCACCAUAUUUGCUCUCUGUACCCUCAAACUCCCACCGAAAAUUCUAGAGCUGCUUGAUAAACUCAGAAGAAAGUGCCUUUGGACAAGAAAAACGGAGCAAGGAGAUAAAUGUAACUCCCUUAUCCCACACGCGUCGGAUCCAUGCGGAUCAUUCUGGUGGAGAGACGUGCUGAAACUCACACUAAUAUAUCGAGGUAUAUCCAGGACAAUUGUAUAUGUGGGAGACACGGUUCUUAUGUGGAAAGACCUAUGGUUGGAAUCUGUGCUGGAAGAAUCGCACCCGCGGGCCUUCUCCUUUGCAUUAAAUGAGGAUAUCUCUGUGAAAGAUUUCUUGGGAUCCACCUCCCUCCAUGAAACGUUUCAUCUUCCCCUUUCAGUGCAAGCACAUGGAGAAGUCCGUGACCUGCAACAAAAAGUGCUACACAUUGGUGAUCUUGAGGACUCCCACACACAUGACAGGUGGGUAUAUUGUUGGGGUUCGACAGACCUCAAAGCUAAUAGAUACUACAAAUUCUACUUUCGGGAUGUGAAGGCCCACCAAUCCUACCACUGGCUCUGGAAGUCCAAAGUCACGCUAAAAAUCAAGAUGUUUGGAUGGUUGUUACUCUCUGACCGACUAAACACUCGCAACAUGCUCAAGAGAAGGCACUACAACAUCGGAGAUGACUUCAGCUGCCUCUUAUGCAACCAGCAAGUUGAAGAGGAUGUGGAACACAUGAUCUUCCAAUGCCCUUUCAGCAAAUACUGUUGGUCCAAACUAGGGAUCAUGUGGGAAGAAUCCGGCUCCAGACUGCACUGGAUAAGCAAGGCCUCUAAUGAUUGGAACAAACCCCUGUUCAUGGAAAUCUUCUUACAAGCAGCUUGGAGCAUAUGGAAAGAAAGGAAUAACAAACACUUCAGAGGCAUCCCUCCAACAUACCACGGCUGGCUUGAUAGGUUCAAGCAAGAUUUCACCCUUCUCCAACACAGAACAAGAGUAGACUUGAGAGACUUUAUUCUCUCUUUUGCAAACAAUCUUCCACCCCACUAGUCAAUCUAGAACUUGGUCAAAUCACACUCUCCCCCAAAGGGGUUGAUGAGAUACUUGUAAAUAUGGGUUGUACAGUGUACCUUACUUUUUGAGUAAUACAAUCACAGUGGGAGUCUCUCCCACUGUACAAGCUCUAAAAAAACAAGGUUCCAAAGUCUCCAACUGACAAAACAAAAAGGAAAGCGCACACAGAGCUAAAAGGGCUAGAAACACCAACUAGCCAAGAAAAGAUGCCACAACCGGCUAGCUAAAGAUAGAUAGGUAAACUAAUUACCUAUCCUAUUACAUGACCGUCAUCCAAACCGGUUGAAGAUAUCCUGAGCUACCAUCUCCCAGCGGAGAGAUCCAGUAACCAAAUGCUCCCUGGCCUCCGUCUGAGUGAGUAACGACCACGAACGGAUCAGUGUCGUGGCUCGGAAAAUAACCUGCAAAAAGUGAAUACGUGAUAUUCUGUUAAAAACCAAAUCAUUUCUGCAAUUCCAGAUAGUCCACAACAAGGCGCAAACUCCAACACGAAUAUGUCUCGCUAAGUCAGGCUCAAUCCCAUUAAGCCAUGUCCCAAAUAGCGCAUUGACAGAAUUUGGUGGAGUAAUCUUAAAAGCAAUGUGGACCGUCUGCCAUAGAACUGUGGCUAACGGGCAAUCAAAAAAGAGGUGUUUA